AUGGACCCAAUUCGACCAGAAUUCGAACUUUUGGACUCAGCAGGACUUGAGUACCACCGUUGGGUAGCAGAUGUGGAAACUACCUUUGUGGCAAAGGACUUCACCUCCACUAUCAAGCCAUCUGCCGACGCUGCUCCCGCAACUGAGAAAGACAAAGCUAAUGCUCUUAUGUUCCUCAAGAGGCAUAUCGAUCCUAACCUGCGUUGGGGUUAUCAUCACUUGAAGACACCAAAAGAGCUAUGGGAUGCUCUCGAUAGCCGUUUUGGGAAUAUUCAUGAUUCCCUAAUACCACAAUUGAACGUUUUGUGGAACGAAAUCCGCUUUCUCGAUUAUGUAAAAGUGAAUGAUUUCCAAAAAUACACGCUACAAAUUCAGGCACAUAACAAAAGAAUCACCACAUUCAGUAGGUUGGUAAACUUACUGCAAGUGGCCGAAAGGCACAAUGAGAUUCUUAUUAACAACAAUGCCAGAGAUGUCGGGAAAAAGAAAAUUCCCGAAUCUAACCAUGACAAAGUCAAUAAAGGGAAGGGCCCCCAACGAAAGAGGGAUCGACAUUCUAAUUCACAUCCCCAUGAUCCAUACCCACGUGGAGAUAACACCUCUCGUGGAAGAGGACGUAAGGGACAUAAUCGAGGUCGAGGGAGAAAUGGUCAUUCUCAUGUUUGGCAUAGAGAAGGAACUUCUGGCCAUAGUGGCAGUGAUCCUAAGUUCGAGAAAACCCUACGAAUCCCGCCACUAAAAAGGAUGCAGAUGGAAAUGCGCCUUGUUUUAAGUGUGGAUUCACCGGACAUUGGUACAAGCAUUGCAAGGCUAGCGCCAAUGUAG